UGUUCAAUCAUUGUUCAGUGCAAUACAACAUCAAUGAUCUAUGCUGUCAAUGAUCAGUUCACGGGAAAGUUUCAAUUAAGGAACCCUUCAACUAAUAAGCGGAAUUACUUUUUGCCAAAUACUUAAGCGAAUCAUCUCUGCUUUCAGCGCCCACCUAAUCUGCAACUAUUUUAAUUUUCCACCAUGAAGAAGUAUGUUUUAUCUCAGUUCACCGGCCACCUCUACCAUAGAUCCAGAUCUCUCUGCUCUAACACACCCUUGGAUGUACUUCCAGAAAUUAAAAAUGGCCUUGCCUCUGGAAAACCCAUCGUAGCCCUUGAGUCAACAAUCAUAACCCAUGGCAUGCCAUAUCCUCACAACUUAAAAACAGCGAAAGAAGUUGAAGAAAUUGUGCGGAGUCAGGGUGCUAUACCUGCAACAAUAGCAAUAUUGGGAGGGACACUCAAAGUUGGUCUCUCUGAUGAAGAUUUGAAUUAUUUGGCCAAGCCUGACACUCCUGUAAUCAAGUCUUCAAGACGGGACUUUCCCUAUGUGUUAAGUAAGAAACUGAAUGGCGGAACAACUGUUUCUGGAACUUUACUCGUGUGCUCCAAAGUUGGCAUCAAAAUUUUUGUCACUGGAGGAAUUGGAGGAGUGCAUAGAGAUGGCCAAACAAGUCUAGAUAUCAGCGCAGACUUAACUGAGCUAGGACGUCAUUCGAUUGCAGUUAUAUCCAGUGGUGUCAAAUCUAUCUUGGAUAUAGGACGGACUUUGGAGUAUUUGGAAACACAAGGAGUUUGCGUGGCCACAUUUGGUGAAACAAAUGAUUUUCCUGCCUUCUACUGCCGGGACAGCGGCUAUAAAUCGCAAUAUCAUGUUAAAAACAUCACUGAUGCUGCAAAACUUGUAGAAUCUCUUGUGAUGAUGAACAGUAAGUCCGGCUUGCUCCUGGCUAAUCCGGUCCCCGAACAAUCUGAAUUGAUCAAGAAAGAGGACAUGGAUAAAGUCAUCCAGAAGGCUCUAUCUGAGAUGAAAGAACAAGGUAUCGCCGGAAAAGAUGUCACGCCAUUUUUAUUGAAAGCUAUUGCAGAUGCAACGAAGGGAAAAUCUCUAGAGACUAAUAUUGCCCUGAUAAAAAAUAAUGCCCUUGUUGGGAGCCAGAUAGCUGUCGAAUUAAGUAAACUCAACUCUGAUUUAUUAAGCCUCCAUGGUGAAACACAGAAAAGUGUUUUAGGUGGAAAGAAAGUUAGCACCGAAAAUUGUGCGGGAAUUAGUGCGAGAAUUAGUGUGGAAAAUAGUGAGAAAAAUGCAGAAUCUGGUAGUAGCCAGUCGUCUCCUUCAGCAUCAAAAGUAGUUGUUAUUGGUGGAGCUAUGAUGGACAUUACUGUGAAAUCAGAGGACGAUAUGAAGUUUGACGGAAGGACGCUCAACGGGAGGCUUCAACAGUCUUGUGGCGGAGUCGCUAGGAAUCUGGCUGAUGCAAUCGGGAGACUCAUCGAUGAUCCACCGAUUUUCAUUUCAGCAGUCGGGGAUGAUCUAUUCGGGAAAACGCUCGUUGAAAGUCUUCCACACGUGGACACGGGCGCUGUUAUAAAAUCGGAAAAAGAUUCGGCCUGCUGCUCUGCUAUACUCGAUAAUUCAGGGGAGUGUCUUUUCAUCGUCGCUGCGAUGGACGUUUUUCAAGAUAUAUCUCCUCACCAGAUCUCUCGCCAUGAAAACUUAAUAAGAGAAUCUAAAUACAUAGUUUUUGACGGUAACACUCCUCUAAAGUCCAUGGAAGUUUUACUACAGAUUAGUAGAGACCACAACAUUCCAGUUUGGUUUGAACCCACAGACAUCACAUUAGCAUCGAAACCAUUCAAAACGAAACUUUUUGAAAAUAUUACUUAUAUAUCACCAAACAUAUACGAAUUAUUGGAAAUAUCAAAAACUUUGAAUGAGGGAAGAAAUCUGAGAUUUGAAAUGGCGCAGUCAAACCCUGAGGACACUAUCCGUCAAGCGGUUGAACAUAGCCUACCUCUUCUGGAUUCCAUUCCAAACAUAAUGGUAACGCUUGGCACCCACGGUUCCCUGAUCAUAUCUCGCGGUGAAAGCGGCCCCUCCAUUCAUCAUUACAAACCACUACGCGUUUCUAAAGUUGUAAGCGUCAUGGGUGCUGGAGACUGUCUUGCGGCCGGAUUUAUUGCCGGAUUGGUGAGAGGGCACUCGGAAGGAGUUUCCAUGGCUGCUGGCCUAAACGCAGCGUCACUGGCCAUCCAGUCCCAAUUUACAGUAUCUCCACUCCUCCGUUGGGUUCAAUGCGAGGCUGCCCCUUUCACAACCCUUCAGUCGGCUCAUUUCGGACAUUUGAGGAGAUAAUUGUCAAUUCCCCUUCUCCACCGUUUAUUUUCUAUUUUGCGUGUAUUUUUAUCUUUUUAUCUCAUUUAUCAAGUUUAGACUGAUCCGUUACCAACCCUGGUAAAAGUCGGCUCUUAAAUAGUAUUUUGAAACAUACCUUGACUAUAAAUCCGUGCUGAGGAUGAACGCAAGCUUGCAAACGUUGCCAAAUUACAUUUGAUUAAAUAUGCAUUUUUAGAGAAUUUUAUUUGCAAUCAGAUGUAAAAUAUCCGAAAUUUUCCUGAGAAAAGACUCAUAACUCUCCUCAAUUUCAACAUUUUAUCGGAGGAAAUUUUGGAAGUCUCCAAUGCUCAUAAAUCGUUUUUCCAUAGGACGGCACUACAGGAUUUGAUAUACCCGCUCGUAGGAUUUCUCGCUGUCCCUAUGGCCUAGCCAUAAAGGCAAUAACAAAUCCUAUUCCCGAGCUUCAGGGAAAGCACGAUAUCUUGUAGCCGGGCUCUGUUCCAAAAUACUAUCCUACAGACGAUUUUUGUCCGGAAAUUCAUACCAUUUUUAACGUUUAAGUAAUGUUAUUGAUUCUUAACUAUAAGCGACUGACUUUUGCAUUUUUUGUCUGGAAAUUAAACUUAAAAAAUUAAAAUUAAAAUUUAUUUUAACUUUAAGUAAUGUCACUGAUUCUUAACCAUAAGCGACUGAUUUUUGAGUUUUUGGAUGUUUAACUAAACCAGUGCCUUCUGUGGAAUUUUGUCACUCUUGAUUUAACUUCUGUUCUCUUGUUCAUAAACUAGCGGAUCAUCGUAUGAGACGAUAAAAUAAUUCCAUUUCUUCCCCCGGCGCUUCGAGCCCAGUUCAUUUAUCCCGGUUUGCGCUCGCGAAGCGAAUAAAUCCCCCUCUGUAUUUUUAGACGUAGAGUAGCUCCAGUUACCUUGAUUUAUGAAAGAAUCUCGCCUCGGUAGCUCCGUUUCCAGGGUUUUAAUGUGACAUUAAGAUAAGAGAUAACAUUCCAAUUUAAAUACCAGUAUUCCCGUAUUUAGCAAGCCUGAAACAUGCACCCCUCCACGUGCAUUUGAUAUUUGAGCUAUCCUCUUCCCCCUAACGUUGACGCCAGUCAGGUAAUUGUCGAUUCAAAGUAUUUCGUUUUUUUUUUUUAAAUCAAAAUUUACGCAAGUGGUCAUUCUUUUAAACCGUCCAGAAGACUCCUUGCAUAUUUUUCCUUGACCAUUGAUUUUAUGAAGUCUAAUUUAACUUUAAGUUGAUUACCAAUUAGUAUUUUGUAUUAAUUACCUUAGUUUUUGUAAUCAGCCCACGUUUUUUUUAAAUAUAUAAUUUCAUUCUUUUGAUUCUUUAAUUAACUGUAGUUCCAUCUCCGAUGUACGUCUCUUUGAUUUUUCUUUCAAAAAAUAUAUUUUGACCAAUUUUCACGGUUCGUAAAUCAGUAGGUUACGUAUCAGUAGGACACACCACAUGUUUCGAGAAUAUCCUCUCAUGAGUAUAACUAAUAGCUUGUAAUCAAUUCAUCAGUUCAUUACUGCAUCUCAUCUUUCAAGUGGAUUAAGGAGUUGUAUGGAGCUUCACGAGACAAGAAGCUCCGUUUCCAAUGUGCACCUGUGGACUUAGUUUUAAGAACCCAUUUAAGCCAUUUGUUUUAAAAACUUUAAAUUUGAAUUUUCGCACUGUAAGCGCAAAAAGGAAUUAAAGUCCCCUCUUUCUUCUUAUUUUUGUUAAAAGUGUCGCGGCUGAUGGCCUCAUAAAAUUCUCUGGCUCGUUAUCAGCUGUUGAUUCUUUCUGUCCAUUUCGAUGUUCUUUCGUAGAUUGCGAAUUAUUGUGCGCAAAAAAAUAUUGUACUUUCAUAAUAGAAUAUACUUUUUCAUUUAUUACUCAUGAUGAUUCUUUUAAGCAGUGUAAAACAAAUUUACAACGAGGGACCUAUUUCCGCACAAGCCACGUAAUGAAAAUUUUAAAGCACAUUAUUAGCUCACUUGCUACGAAUUUUUUUUUGGCGGCAGACGCCUUUCGAACUACGGUUCAUCAUCGGUGCGAAGAAAACUUCGUCGCAAGUAUGUCAAUAAUUUGCUUUAAAAUUUUAAUUAAUGUAAAACAAACUUUAGUUUUUAAUAUUUACUCGACGAUUAUCUUGAAUAUGAGGUGUAUUUUGCACAGCUUUGUUAAGCAACAAAAUUAAGUUGCUUCCAUUACGAAGCCUUCUCGGCUUUUUAACGUAUUUAGUUUGUAUGUAAGGCUUUCAUAUGUUUCAUUUUUUUUUGUUUCUCAGAGUCUAUUAAAAUAUUGAAAUCUCAAAAA